AUGAAGCUCCCUGAGUAUACAGGGCCGUUCAAGGUCGGCGUUGUCGACCUUGAAGUGUCCGUGCGAAAGCCACGCAAUUUUAUACCUGGCUACCUCGACCCUGCCAUCGUCAACAAACUCGCCCGGGGCAAAAAGAAGGUCAAGCACCGUCGCGCGCAUAAAAUUUUAAAAAAGAUGCAUACAGAAGGCGGCGUGCCGACGAUCGAUGCAGAAGAGGAAGAGGACGACGAGGGCGUGCCCAAGGGGCGCGACAAGGAGCGCGAGUACCUCGAAGAAAACGGGCUCCAGCUGCGCAACGCGACGCUGCACUUUCGCACCGUGCUCAUGGCGAUCUACUAUCCCUGCACGGAGCUGAAAGAGAGCGCAUACAAAAAAUACCCGCGGUCCACAUGGCUUGGACGACCCAUCUUCAAGACGUGCGGCUCGGCAUUCAAGUACAUGGGCCAGUACGGUUGGUGGGCGCAGCUCUUUUUUCCGGCGCUGGUUACCAUGAGCCGCGCUAAGCUCCCGGCGCGUGUGUGCCCUCCGAUCGGGGACCCCGCCAAGGUCUCGCCGGACAUUGGCAGCGGCCUUCCUCAGGCGGCCGCCAACGCGGUCGCGACACAGACUUUUCCGCUGGUCAUCUUUUCAUCGCACGGGUUUGUAGUCGUCGCGAUCGAGCACCGCGACGGCUCGGGUCUCGGCAGUUAUGUCUGGACCGGCGUCGACUCGGUGCUGAACUCGAGCGGCGCAAAGAUGAGCCCCAGGCGCCGCCAUAACCUACGUGAGGCAUUUUUACGUGGCGCGUCUGAGUCGGUCGUCAACCUUGCGCUCCACAAGGACGACAAACUGAACCGGGAUGCGGCCAAUGAGAACGAGAAACCGGCGCUGGACCCGCUGCGCGACUACAGCAAAGUGCCCUAUCUGCCCUUUGAAAACGUCGGUCUAGCCCCGUUUUCUGCCGAACAGGGCGAGAAGGAGAUGGCGCUGCGGCGCGCGCAGCUCGCAAUGCGUGCCGCCGAGAUCCAAGAGGCGAUGUAUAUCAUGAAGCGCAUCAAUGCCGGCGACAGCGAAUGGCUUGCGUCGAAGCACACACGCAGCCUCGGCUCGGCGCUCUGCGGUCCUGACCGCUUUAUCCGUUCGCGCAAGCGGCUAGGUAUUGAGCACUGCGACGAGUUCUUUGCACAGUGGAAAGGCAAGCUCGACAUCCAGUUCCCGACACUCGCCGGCCACAGUUUUGGCGGCGCGACCGUGUUCGAGUUUCUGCGGCGCGAGCAGAGUGACUUCCAAUACGGCAUCAUCCUCGACCCGUGGAUGGACCCAGUGCGCGAUCCCCAGACUGAUGAGAGCGUGCGCAAGAAGCUCACCAAGCCCGUCUACGUGAUCAACUCGGAGGGCUUUACUAUGUGGCGAGAGCAAUACAAUAAGCUGAUUCGUGUAAUGAUUGACGGCAUUAUUUCCAACCCCGCACACCGUGGCUGGCUCAUGACGCUCUGUGGCUCGAACCACGGCGAUUUUAGCGACCUACCCUUUCUGCUGCCCCGCAUCUUUGGCUCGGAGCUUACCGCGCGCGAGACCAUGACGACCUUUACGACGGUGGUGAUGCACCAGAUCAAGCUGCUGCGUGAGCAAAAGCACCUGUUUGACGUGCGCGACGGGCUCGUUGCGGACGACCUCGGCGUGUACAAAGACCUGGUCAAGAUCGGCGGCCUGCACCUCAACUCAGAUCCCGACGGACCGCGCGUGUCGGACCGCCUCCUGUACCGCAUCCAGGCGAAGAUUGUCAAGGCGCGUCUGCACCGCGGCGAGACCAAGUCGAUUUUCUGGGAGCUCAAGGGCUGGAAGAAGCAGGCCGAGAAAGAUCCCAAGACGCGCGCCUACCGCAAGCACCAGCGCGUCAUUGCGCAUGAGAUCAAGCGUGAGGCGCGUGCGGAGCGUGCGCGCAACCGUGCGCGCCGCAGCUCGGUCGGCGUGUCCGAGGCGGGCUCGGAGAAUUUGGCCGAGAUCGAGCAGCGCCUGUGGGACAUCGAGACCGACCAGGGCUCGGGCGAUGAGACCGAUGAAGAAGGGGCUGUGGACCCCGUCUAUAUCGAUCCUCUCGAUGACCACAACCACGAGGAUUAUAACAUAUGGGACGGCACGAUGCUCGACUCGGACGCACGCAUGGUCUACGAGAACUGGCACGCCAAGGUCCAUGUCAACAAGCACAACCGGCGUCCCCAUUCGCUGCUCACGUUUGCGCUAUGGUACCUCGGUAUCCGCGAGGGUCUUGCGAAAGCGGGCCACCUUCUCGUCCAUACUAUGUAG